CAGUAGUGUUAUUUAGUCGUGGAUACAUUCUUGGAUGAAUGCAUCUUGGACCGACCAUCACAACACUUAUGCUCUCUGAUUUCAUAUGAAUCAGUCAGACUCUCGAACGCUCAACAGGUUAAUUUGCUUUUGAUUAUUAAGAGUGGAUCUGCAUUGAUUGUGAUGCUUGCAAAUACAUCGAUGAUGGAUUUCCUGGCGGUUCUGGGCGAUUUCAUUCAGCUGUCAGCGCGCAGUGUUUUACUGUCGCUGCUGGUGUGUUUAACGCUCACGCUCUGGCGUCUUUCCGGUCGGCGGCAGAUACCGGGUCCGUUCUCCUGGCCGGUCAUCGGUAACGCCGCUCAGCUCGGUACCUCACCUCACUUUUACUUCACCCGGAUGGCUGAGAAAUACGGCGACGUGUUUCAGAUCAAGCUGGGCAGCCGAGACGUGGUGGUUCUGAACGGAGACGCAAUUAAAGAGGCGCUAAUUAAAAAAGCUGUCGAUUUCGCCGGCAGACCCGAUUUCUCCUCGUUCCGGUUCGUGUCCAAUGGGAAAAGCAUGGCGUUCGGUAACUACAGCCAGUGGUGGAAACUGCAUCGGAAGAUCGCACACAGCACCGUGAGAAACUUCUCCACAGCCAACAUCCACACCAAGCAGACGUUUGAGAAGCACAUCGUGUGCGAGAUAGGAGAGCUCAUCCGCUUGUUUCUGAAUAAAACCCGCGAGCAGCAGUACUUCGAGCCUCACCGGUAUUUGGUGGUGUCGGUGGCGAACACAAUGAGCGCCGUUUGCUUCGGGAACCGGUAUUCGUUUGAUGAUGAGGAAUUCCAGCAGGUGGUUGGCAGAAAUGAUCAAUUCACUAAGACAGUCGGAGCUGGAAGCAUCGUGGAUGUGAUGCCUUGGCUGCAGUACUUCCCAAACCCAAUCAAAACGCUCUUUGACCAGUUUAAAAUGCUCAACAAGGAGUUUUACGAGUUCAUUGAUUCCAAAGUGGCGGAGCACCGCGAGACUCUUUUACUGAGCCUCGUCCGUGACAUGACUGACGCGUUCAUCGUUGCUCUGGAUAAAGGGCUGUCAGGGGGCCCGGGGGUCUUUCUGGAUAAAGAAUACGUGCCACCGACAAUCGCAGACAUUUUUGGGGCCAGUCAAGACACUCUGUCUACAGCUCUGCAGUGGAUCAUUCUAUUAAUGGUCAGGUAUCCAGAAGUCCAGAAACGUCUUCAGGAGGACGUCGACAAAGUGGCGGAUCGCAGUCGUCUUCCAACAAUUGCAGACCAGCCUCAUCUUCCAUACGUCAUGGCUUUCAUCUACGAAGUCAUGCGAUUCACCUCGUUCGUCCCUGUAACGAUUCCCCACAGCACGACCACGGACACCUCCAUCAAUGGGUAUCCCAUCCCUAAAGAUACCAUCAUUUUUGUCAACCAGUGGUCUCUGAACCACGACCCGACCAAAUGGGACCAACCAGAGGUAUUCAACCCACAGCGCUUCCUGGAUGAGGAUGGAGCUCUCAACAAAGACUUAACCACCAACGUGCUGAUCUUCUCCGUGGGGAAGCGAAGAUGUAUUGGAGAAGACGUGUCCAAGAUACAGCUUUUCCUCUUCACCUCCUUGCUGGUCCAUCAGUGUAGGUUUACCGCAGAAACUACUCCCAGCAUGGACUAUCUGUAUGGGCUCACGCUUAAACCCAGAGCCUUCAAAGUGUCUGUCACACUCCGUGACAGCACAGAACUGCAUGAGAGUUUGGUAGGAACGUCUCAGACUCCUACAAAAAAGAGACAGAGACCUCAAGUCUGAAGGGAAAUCAAAGCAUGCAACUUAAAUACUUUGCCAAAUGAAGCUGGCUAAGAAAACAAACACUGAAGAAUCUCUCAUAUCUGCAUUAUAGCAAUAUAUUUAUAGAUGUAAAACUCAGGCAUAAACUUUUUUUGGCUCAGAAUGAGCUAAGACAAUAAAAACACACCCAUUCAUUACUGUAACUAUAUGAUGCACUGAUUUAUAGUAUAUUAUGCAAGAGUAGCAAAGCAGAAGCUACACAACAGGACACUGCAUGGUUCAUUCAGGCAAAUACUAGUUGUUUUCUAAGGCAUAUACAUGCAUAGCAUUAUUCAGUCAAGAAACUU